CUCCACAUCAACGCCACCUUCAACAACACUAUCCUGACCCUCACACGCCCCAACGGUUCUCCCCUCGUAAACACAUCAGGCGGAACUGCAGGAUUCAAAAAGGCUCAACGCAGUGGCUAUGAAGCUGCUCACCAGGCUGCUCUCCAAUUGCUUGACAAAGUCCAAGCAAAGAACCUCAAUGUAACUAAUAUCCACAUUGUCCUCAAGGGUUUUGGCCCUGGACGUGAUGCUGCUUACAAGGCACUCGUUACAGGUGUUCAGUGGAAUGUUCGACGCAUCACAGACGCAACUCCUGUUCCAUUCGGUGGUUGCAGACCCAAGAAAGCCAGACGUCUC